AUGUCCGCGAUCAAGAACGUUGCAAUUGUUGGUGCCUCUGGCAGCCUUGGAUCAGUCGUUUUCGAGAAGCUCGUGGCCUCUGGUAAAUUCAACAUCAAGGUUCUCCGACGACAUGGAUCUAAGUCUACCUUCGCACCCGGCAUCAACGUUGUCAAUGUCGACUUCCAGUCUCUAGAGUCACUCACAGAAGCUCUCAAGGGCCAAGAUGCCGUGGUAUCCACCGCCGGCACAGAGCUGCUUGCCGGGCAGAAGCUCAUCAUUGACGCCGCCAUCGCUGCUGGUGUCAAGAGGUUCAUCCCCUCCGAGUUUGGAUCUAACCUGGACGUUCCGAGCACCCGCAAGCUCCCUGUUUACACCUACAAGGUGCAAGUACAGGACCAUCUUAUUGAGAAAUCAAAGACUACGGACCUCACUUAUACUUUUAUUUACAACGCUGCUUUCUUGGAUUGGGGUCUGGAUCAUGACUUCACUCUCCGAGUGUCCAACUACAAGCCCAUGAUCAUCGAUGGCGGCGACAUCACUUUCUCCUCCACUACGCUCUCUACGGUAGCAGAUGCCGUAAUUGGUGUCUUGGAGCAUCCUGAAGAGACCAAGAAUCGCCCCGUGUACAUUGAGGACACCAAGAUUACUCAGAACAAGCUCCUGUCCAUUGUUAAGCAGGUGGCCCCAGAAAAGCCAUGGGAGCCCGAGCAUGUCAAGCUGGUAGACCUAGCUGCCAAGGGCGACGCCAAGCUGGCGCAGGGAAUCUUCGACAACGAUGUUGUUCUGGGAAACCUUUACCAGUCCAUCUUCAAUCCCUCCAUGGGGGGAAACUUUGAGAAGACAGACAACAAGCUGCUAGGUUUGAAGGGUCUGACCGAUGAGGAGGUUGCUGAAGUUGUCAAGAAUCAUCUCAAGUAA